UGCUGUAGCUGCUUUGAGUCUGAUUCGCUGCAUCUGAAUCUGCUCCCACAAUUCAACAGGCAACAAAGGAAGAAAGGAAGAGGCCGUAAGCUUCAAAGUGUUAGCCAACCCAGGCAGAAUGAGGACAUCUUAUUGUGUCAUUCUAGUCGGCAAUAUAAACCCGCACGUUUAGAGAAGUACCGAAUCCAGCCACAUAAACGCAUUAUGCUUUAGUUUGGGCUUAGAAGCUGACUAGGGGGAAGGUAACGAUAAUGUUUUCGACAGCAAACGCUAACAAAACUAGCUGAUUGGCUUAGGUAGUAAGCUAACAUUAGCCAACAGUCGUUAAGGAGCGAACCUUUCAUGAACAUACUGCACAAGAAAGAUGCCAACACGCCUGGGUUAUUUUUCCUAGUAAGACAAGCAGCAUCAGAUGAAAAGAGGUGGAAGUGGAACUUGACCCAUCCAACUGAGUCACCAUUUUCCUGCACAUAAUGGGUUUAAUGGCUCAAGUGUAUGCAUGACUUGUGUCGUGUGGCCUGAUGGGAGGAAACUGUGGAUAGUGCUUUCAUCAGGAUACCAGGAGAGCCAUCCCAUGACGCCAAUUUGGAGGGCCUGUCAGAAUGAAGAAGAUAAGCCUUAAGACCAUCCGCAAGUCCCUCAGCAUAAAGGGCAAAGAGGAGGGUGACUUUGUCAUGCUCCAGCAGCCCACAGUGACUACAGAGUUUUCUAAGGAUGAGUCACUUUUUGGGGGCUGCUACACCAAAGAGCUCUCUGGCUGUGACCUUGGUGGAGAAGAGGACAAAGUGGGCCAGAAUAAGGGCCGCUCAAAGAGUGAGAGCUUGAUGGGAUCACUAAAGAGGAGGCUGUCUGCCAAGCAGAAGGCAAAAGUGAAAGGUAGCACCUCAGCCAUAGGCUCAGUGGAUGAUGAAGACACCUUCUCAUCCUCUUCUGUACCCAUCAGCUUCAACGAGGUGAAAGCCCAGAGACCCCUUAGAUCUGCAUCUCUACGAAGUCACCAUUAUAGCCCCUCACCGUGGCCUCUGCGAUCAGUCAACUCUGAUGAUUCGUGUAUUAAGAUGGAGGUAAAAGUUAAAGCCAUGGUUCACUCACCUAGCCCCAGCCCCAGCUUAAAUGGUGUCCGAAAAGAAUUUCACGAUUUCCAGAUGGAAGGGCUCUUUCAGGACCAGGCAGAAUCCUUGAAGAAUCUCCAACAGCCGCAAAAUGGUGAGCUGCAUUUAAAUAUUGAUGAAAAUGAUGUGCCUGUUGUGCUGGGGUUGACGCCCCAGGACUACAUCCAGUACACAAUGCCUUUAGAUGAGGGAAUGUACCCGGAAGGGUCCCACUCUUUCUGCCUGGACAGCUCUUCUCCUAUGGAGGUAGUGACUGAGGCAGACAGUGGGUCACUGCACACAGACCAGGGGCAAGAGGAACAUGAACUGGUUAGUGGGAUGCCUCCGGAUCUCUUCAUGGAAACCUCAGUUAAUAGUCUUCUCAUCGGUUCUGCAAGUGUGAUGCUCCAAACCUCCAGAGUAGAGGUCCCGCCUCCCCUCUCUCCACUCCUGCCACCCAUGACAAGUAAUGGACAUAUCCCCAGGACUUUUUCGGGGUUCAGCUCCUCAGACAGCCAUGUAGCUGAGAGAGUAAGACAUCACCUCAACUUUGACCCAAAUUCUGCUCCUGGGGUCAGUCGGGUAUACGACUCAGUCCAGAGCAGCGGACCAAUGGUCGUGACCAGCCUGACAGAGGAGCUGAAGAAGCUGGCGAGGCAGGGCUGGUACUGGGGCCCAAUCACACGCUGGGAGGCAGAGGAAAAGCUGAUCAACUUGGCUGAUGGCUCAUUCCUGGUCCGAGACAGCUCAGACGACAGGUACCUGCUCAGCCUGAGUUUCAGGUCACAGGGCAAAACCCUCCACACCCGCAUCGAACACUCCAAUGGACGCUUCAGCUUCUACGAGCAGCCCGAUGUGGAGGGACACACGUCCAUUGUUGACUUAAUUGAACACUCUAUCAAAGACUCAGAGAAUGGAGCUUUUUGCUAUUCCAGGUCUCGCUUACCAGGGUCUGCAACCUACCCUGUCAGACUAACCAACCCAGUAUCUCGGUUUAUGCAAGUGCGGUCCCUGCAGUACCUUUGUCGCUUUGUCAUUAGACAGUACACAAGAAUAGACCUGAUCCAGAAACUGCCCUUACCUAACAAGAUGAAAGAUUAUCUGCAGGAGAAGCACUACUGAGGACACAGACAGGACAGUGGUAGCAAUUUGCACUUUUGUGUUCAGUUAAGAGAUUUAAACAAGGUUUACAGGCAACCACAGUUUUGAGAUGUAUGCUUCUGGUGGCUCUUGAUUUGUCUCCAGGUGACUCUGUCACUGUUUAGUCCUCCAUUCCACUGUUGUGGGUUUUUUUGCUGGUUUUAGAAGGCUCUACUUCCAGAAACAUAGGUCAGCACAUAAUCUAUUGCAAAAAUAUAGCCGAGGUUUACAGCCAAGUUAUCUUAGUUGCAUACAUUAAGUGCAGGCAUGCAUUGUGAUGUUUUGUUAAGUGUAACAUCCAGCUGUGCAAGCAGAGCAAAUUUUCAUAAAUUUGCCGUCUGCAUUGAACUUGGGCCCAUAAGAAUAGUAAGAUUUCUCUCUCAAUUUGAAAUAUCAUUGAAUUUUUAUCCACUAAAUUGUACAUUUGGGAGAUGAUUUCAAGGAUGGAAUAGUAUUGCUACGAUGAGAUUUUUAAAUCAGAUUUUGCUUUCUGCAGACUGACCAAUUUUGAUCAUCUUUUGCUUCUUAGCUUGUGCGAAGUUACCCUCGUUUUGUCAGCAUGACCAGACUGCAAAUUAGAACACCAUUCUGCUUUCAUAAUAUGCAAUUACUCAAAUUUCAAGGCUUGGCAUUAUCGUAUAACAAGUGAUAAUGGCCAACUUAAUUCUUUUUUUUGAUAACCUGAAGAAAAACCUCAGUUUUGCUCAAAAUUGCAUUCAUCGCAUAACCAGAUUUUUGCUACUACUUUUCCAGUGGAUACAGUUUCUUAAAAGUAUAAGGUAUUGUCUCUGUCAUUGUAUGUUCCACCUUACAUAUUACAAAUGGCCUGUUGGUCAAAGAAAAGUUCAAAUGCUAAUCACAUUACCAUAUCAAUAAAAAAUGUAAAAAUCCCUUUCAGGUUCACACAGGUUUACCGGAUCCACAACAUUAACAUUUGUUCCAAAAUAUGUUCAGAGUAUGCCAGUCUGUGAGACGUUUUAAACAGUUGGUCAGAGAAGUAGCUUUAAAUUGUAUGGCUGCAUGUUGCCAUUAUAAAAUGUCCAAGCCUAAAGGUACUGAUGAUGCUGGAUUUUCAUGUCAUGCUGUUUGUAGAAACAGCAUCAAGUUGAUGUAUAGACCUUUUCAAAAUAUGAUAACACUAAAAGUUAAAUCUUUCUUCAUUAGGAAUGUUACAAAAACUGCGCUGCAGCUCAGGCCUAACAACUUUGUCACUGUCUGUAAUGCUUGUAUCUGCAUGUAGUAAAGACUUUAAGACUGCCAAUUAAGGGCAUUAUAGAGUUACUCUAAAUGAGUGAAGAUGUCAGAGUAAAAGGGUGUAAGAUUUUUGGCCUUGUUUAAGUGCAACUCUGAGUAAAAGGCUGUUUAAUGCACAAUUGCAUUUACCUUAGGCAGUUUAUAUAUAAAGAAUCACCCUACAACUGAAAACAGAUCUCUAGUCAAUUGACCUGCAUCUGUAUGUAGGGAUGGCUGUUUCUUAAUCUCUUAAUGCCAGCAAUAAGAUGGACCCAGAUCAAAGGAAUCCCAAAGAUGGUGUGAUUUUUAGGUAAAUGGAUUUGGGAAAGCCAGGAUUAAGUCCUCCUCACCAUCUUGGAGUGACGCCAGGUUUUCAGCAAAUGACAAAAAUUCCAUCACAGCUGCAUGGCAUCAUUAGUGUUACAUGGGUUUCAUGGACAUAAAAAGAAGUAUACAGUUUUUGCCAUUGCUUUUUCACAUCGUCCCCAGUCCAUACAGAGCUGAACUACCCACAGAUUGUCUCGCUACUGGGCUGUUCGUGCCAGAGUAACGGGAAGAGCACACAGUAUGCUACGCAAGUGCUUUAUAUGGAUACUUUGACAGGGAAUAGUUUUUUUCACAUGAAUGAGCAUCUUUUUUGACAUCAGUGUCCUUAAAACAAUUUGGAAAAUGGUCUCUUAGACAACUUUGGUAUAUUGUUAGCGCAUAGUUCUAGUUUUAGUUCGCUAGAAAUGUUGGUGUCUGAGGAAGUUACCAUGAAUCUAGCACAGCAGAAAUUAGGAACUUUGAAUGGUGUUGCAUGUUUAAAGACUUAGUAUUUUAAAGCUUUGAGUUGUAUAGGAAUGAAGGAUCUAGGAUGUGUGUUUGGUUGUCUAAAAGGAUGUUUUUUUUCUGUCACAAACAUUGGCUGGACAUUCUGUGUACAAGAAAUUUAUUUUUCUUUCUAGAAUCCUUUAGAGACUUUUUUUUUUUUGUGACUUUUGCCAUCUGGGGGAUGGGGCUGUACAAAAGGAAUGUACAAUCGUUUGAGGUAUCCAUUUUAUCUAUCCGCAGACCAGUUUCAGAAAGCAUGAGAAUCACAAAAACUAAAUUGGACACAUUUUUGCACUUGAAAAUCCCCCAUGACAUGCUUGGAUAAUUUUCUGCCUAGAGUUGUCCUUCAGAUGGCAUUUUUAAAAAAAGAAAUUAAGUCACACAUUAGUCCUCAUGUGGUCAUAUAAAUGUUUAUAUUAAAUCAAGAUUUUUUGUUUUGUUUUGUUUUUCAUGUCUGUGGGAUAUAAAGGGUAAGGCACCAGCAUCAUAUCUAAGCCUCUGCUAAUGCUCAUGGGCUGUCAAGGAAUGGGAUCAUGGCAAGAGUGUGGAUGUAAAUGAAUUUGAUGACUUCUUUUGGUUGUGUGUGUGUGUGUGUAUGUGUUUCAUUUGAAAUGUGAAAGUAAAACGUUAGUCUUUUAUAAUAUAAUGUUGUUUUAAUUGUAUUUCCAGUUUAAUUUGCAAUUUGUCAUCUAAGUUUGACAAGCAGGAACCAGUUUCAUGUGAUGUUGCUGCUGUGAUUUUUUUUUUCUUUUUUUUUUUUUUCUUUCUCUCCUUAAAUACUUUAUGAUUAAGCAUUAUUGCCUUCAAUGUUCGACUCCAGAGGUUGAUGCUUGUUAAUAACAGCUGUUUAGCACUUAACAAGCUCCAACAAUUUUUUUGUGCGUGAUGGUGAUUGUUUACAACGUUAUGUUGUGACUUUUUGUUGGGUUUUUUUUUUUU